CUGUGUUGCGGACGUAGCGUUCUACAAUGUGAUAACUACAAGUAUGACCGUGUUAAAAAUGAUGGACGACGUCUCGUUUGAAAACUCGUCAGUACUCGCUUAUCAACAGAUCUCCGAAGUAAGUUACGCUGAAAUUGCAACAAGUAGCCUUAGUAUUUUAGGUGCUAGUUCUAUAAUUGGAUUGACACUGUAUAAGAAAAAAGUAUGCCAGCCAGAGGUGCAUCCAAUAUUUCAUUUGGCUCUGGCUGAUUUGCUAGCAUCGUUAUUUCUUCUUAUUGGUUGCUUAGUAUAUAAUGUUGCGGGGACUGCCUAUAAUAUGUCAAUUGCAUGUAGUGUUAUUAUUGGUUUAUCCAUGACAUUUUUCCUCUGUACGUUUUUCCUUACUUUGACUUAUGCAAUAGAGGUUUAUAUACGAAUGAAAGAAAGACUUAAAAGAAAGCCAAUGAAAGAAUCAAUUUAUGGUUAUUUUCCUUCAGUGUAUAUGCUGUACAUCUCAUCGUGGGUGAUUCCUAUAGUAUGUGCAGUUGUUAUACUCAGCUUUACUUUGCAUAUUGAAAUCAGUCAUUUUCCCAAAACAGUUACAGGUGGGCCAUGUACCAACUUUGUAUGUGUCCUUUUAGUGCAUCACAGAGUGGAUCUUUGUGUGAUCAUAUAUUUUUUAACUCAUCGAGCUUUGAGACGUAACCAACUUACCAGUGGUGUGAUUGGUCCAAGACAAUACAUUGAUGCAGCUAGAGUCAGAAACAGAGCUAUUCUUUACUGCUCUAUCUUUUGUAUUUGUUGGCUGCCAUCAAUGCUUUUGGGUGUGAUAUCAUUCCAUGGAGAUUUCAAGAUGCAAAGUUUUUUUUGGUUAUACAUGUUACAGGCAUGUACUUGUCCUCUACAAGGACUGCUCAACUGUAUCAUGUAUGGAUGGCAGAGAAGAGGAUUUCAAAUCGCGGUUAAUUUAAACAAAUCCAGACAAAUGCAGAUUGAAUCACUGAGCAAAGAUUCUUUGUUGUCAAGCUACAAAACCUUCACAUCAAGUAUUGAAAUACUGUAAAAAUCUUGAAUUUUUAAAGGGGUAAAGGCAG